AUGCUUCUCAACAUGAGUCGUCCACCCAGCAUACCCUCACAUUCAGGUCCUCCGCCAUCCUACAGCCCUUACCCAGCACAUCAUGCUUCAUCGUCUCGACCAGAAGUCAUUGCCCCCAGUCAGCACGUUCGCCCCAGAGAUUCCAGUGGAAGUCAUAACAAUGCGCAGCAAUUACCAAGUCUUCGCACGCUUCUGGAACCAGAGCUACUGGACAAGAAGUCGUCUGAUCCAUCGCUGAGAGCGGGCGGCGCUCCGGUACCUUACAGCCAUGGCGGUCGUUACGGGUCGUCAAGUCCGACACUGAAGAGACGGCAUGAAUAUGAUGGUUACUUCCAUGGCUACCCAGAGCAUAAUGCUAUCGCUUCUCAAACACCCUACCACCACCGUCAACCUCUUUCGACUACAAACGCCACCACAUCCACCACAUCCUUACCACCCGGCUCUGGGUUUGGUGUCGGCCGAGUAGAUCUCCAACGGCGCGAAAGUUUUGCACAUCCUUCACAGCAUGAGCUGGCGGUAAAUGGGCAUCGGCAAGCUUCGCUCAUGUCUGAUGCGACGGGAACGAUGACAACUCACUCCGUUCAGCAAGAACUAGGGUUUGACCCAAGUAGGCCUGUCAGGAUGAGACGACUGGAGGGUUCCUCAAGAGCUCCGGUACGAUCGUCGCGUUGUGUGGGCCAGCGCGAUAUACCUGGCGAAGGCCCAUGCUAUGUCUACGAGGACGGCACCUACUGUCGGGCUAUAAUAGACGGCGAGGCCGUAAACCCUUCCUGGGGCAUUACGAAGGCGGGGAAGCCUCGAAAACGACUCGCGCAGGCUUGCCUUACCUGUCGAGAGAAGAAGAUCAAGUGCGAGCCUGGAGGACUCAAUCAAAGCAAUGCAUCCGGCGAGACAUCACCGUCAAACUCCGCUCCGCUAUUUAAGAACCAUUCGUCCGAAGUCUUGAGUCCCGCAGCCAACUCAGAUAGAAACAAAGCUCCCGGAGAGCUGCGAGACUCAUCAAGAAAGGUUGACACUUGGAACUCCGGAACCCCGUUCAGACCUCGAAAGUACCGCCAUCAUACUAGCACGGACCCGAGAGACAUGUCGGUACAGUCGUACGAUUCGGAUUGGAGUGGUUCGGCAAAUGACCAGAGCCUUGACGAUCCCGGACGUGGCUCUUACUCCGAUCAACUUGCCCUCCAAUGGGAACAGGAUCCUUUCGAAACUGACCCUGGACUGACGAUGCACCUACUGGAUCUUUAUUUCAAUCACGCAGGUCGCGCGACCUAUGGCAUGUUUCCUCGUAGACCCUUCCUCGCAUGGGUAGAGGGUAACCGCGACAAGAACCACGACCACUUGAUGCUUUUAUACUCAGUCCUGGCUAUAGGCUCACUGUUCUCGGUUGAUGGAGAUAAGAAAGCCCUGGGAAAGAAGUUCGCUUCGGUUGCGUCAUAUGCAGCAGAAAAGCGGUUCGGGAAAUUCAGCCUGCAGUUAUGCCAGACUCGGCUGAUGCUCGCGCUCUACUAUUUUGCUCGCGGCAAGUCACAGGAAGCCUGGGACUAUUGUGGUGCUGGUCUGCGAGCUCUCAGCGCUCUGAAGCUGAAUUCUGAAGAAGGCGUUAAAGAGCUGGUUGAUAGCAGUGCCGAUUGGGACUAUGGACUUGAUCGUCAAAUGUUCGCGGAGUGCUGUCGUCGCACUUUUUGGUCCGGACUACUGAUGGAUGUAAGUCACGACGUCAUCAAGGUCCCAGCAUCCGUUGACUUGAUGCAACAACAGCGAUACAAUGGCUUCUUCGGAGGGACCCUUUUCGUCCUCAACUUGGAGGAUGCCUUCGUUCAGCUCCCAUGUCUGGACAGCAUGUACGAUGCAUCAACACCGUGUAACGCGCCGAUCCUGGACGAAGAUCUCCUGAGUGGAAAUGCCACUCCUGGCCCCGUUCUUGGCCACAUGGCGUAUCUAUGCCUGAUAUCGACGCUAUGGGGCGAGGUCCUUACCUUCACUAGCCGAGCUGCGCGUCGGCCCGACAGUGCCUAUGAACGACAUUACGACACGUUCUACACGCGAAUCAAUGAGAAGCUGGAAGCAUGGCAUGCGGUGUUGCCGGAGGAGCUUCGUUACAGCCCACGAAAUCUCGACAACAGCAUGGUUGCAGGAUACGCAGGUACAUUCGUGUCUAUACACGCUUUGUAUUACGCUACAAUCAUCCGGCUCAAUCGCCAUAUCAGAGUCAGCAUAUUACCAAUGGAAAAACAACGCCGAAAUCUGGAACGAGCCCUACGCAUGGCGUCCAACUUUCUGUCGAUGAUGCUUUCCCUAGCUCCAGCUAGCCGCCAACGUCUUUCGCCCACCGUUGCCUCGGACCUCUCGUUCUCGACGCCUUUCCCUGGUUACGCGCUCAUGCUUUCGGUCGAUGUAUUGACCUCUGCCGGGCUGUUAUCAUCAUUGCCGACUUUGAUCGAGACACUCAACACUACACUGACCUGUAUCGACGAACUAGCAGGCGUUUGGGCUUCUGCAAAAGCGCAGCAGAAGACAGUAUCGAAUCGGAUCAAGCAGCUCAUGGAUAUUGCCGCACAACAGGGCCAAGGCAUAAGCAACGGAAGUUACGGAAAUUUCUGGAGGAUCGGCAACAGUCUUGAGACGGCUUUCGGAAACGAUGAUGCGUUGUAUAAGACCGAAGACCAGUUGCUUUUCGGCGUUGUGGGUCAGCUUACGAGUCAGUAA